AUGCAUUCAACCCUAACAGACGUGUUACCAGCCGUUCCCCUGGUGGUCAAAAGUCCAUACCUGUCCACAUGGCUGAAAAAUCGUCAACUGAUGGGCGUUUGGCCCCAAUUCUGGAAUGGAAACAUCAAAGGUAUGGCCGGUUUGGUGAGAGUGAAGGGCCAGACCUACGAGUUUAUGGGCGACCCGACGGGCGAGGAUAUCGGCACCAAAUUGCAGGCCAAACAGGUGUCUCUUAAGGUGACGCCAACGCAGUCUAUAUUCACGCUGAACGCCGGCCCCAUCGCACUGGCCGUCAAUUUCUUCACACCCAUCGACCCGACAGAUCUCAAGCGACUGUCACUCCCGGCCUCUUAUAUAUCGGUGAGCGCCUGGUCUCUGGACGCCACCACUCAUGAGGUUCAGGUAUACCUCGAUAUGUCCGCCGAGUGGACGUCCGGCGACGCCAAUGAAGAGGUGGUUUGGGAUGUGAUGGAAAUCAAAGGCAAUAACUCCGUAAUCACUGGCGAUAUGCGACUCAAGAAUCAACAGAUAUUCACCGAAAAAAAUGAAUCGGCUCAAUACGGAACCGUUAAGUUCUUCACCGACUCCACGGCCACUCACGAGGUUAAUUCAUGUUUCACGAUGAGGUCGACAUUCGUAAAGAAUGGCAAACUCGACAAUACGGUUGACCAGAAAUUUCGUAAAAUCAAUGACAACUGGCCGGGCGUGGGAUACGCCCGGACUAUGACCGUCAGCCCACUGACAAACGCGUCGCCGCCCGCUGUUGAGUACUAUGGCGUCGCACACGUCAGGCGCCCCGCCAUUGAAUACACGGACUCCCAGUUGAAUCAGCUCUGGGAAGACUAUUUCAAUGGCGAUGACAAUAAAAUGGUGGCCUUUGUGUAUGAGGACAGGGAGGACGCCCUUAAACGUGCCAAUGCUCUCGACGCUAAGAUAGAGGCAGAUGCUAGAAAGGUGGGAGGGGACAGUUAUGUGAAAGUAGUUUCUGCGGCACUUAGACAGCUUAGGAUCGUAUAUCUGAGAAAGCAAUACGAAAUAAUGUUCAUAAUAUCGUUGAACACCCGUAUGUUUCCAUAUUAUAUGCAUCGAGUGACACGACCUCCCCGUGACUAUGGCUUCAGUCAGGACACCGCCUGA